GGAGCGGAAGCCCGUGUUUUGCAGCCCCGGGCUCCCGCGACUCCUCCUUCCAGCCUCUUGGGACUUUGGCUCGCGUUUACCCACUGAGCUGCUGGCACAGGUUGUCAGGCGAUGCGACUCGGCUGCUUUCCACGAGGAACUUAACCCGUCGCACCUGCCGCCCGGAUGGGACCGCCAGAGAGCUUUCAAAUCUUGAGUGAAAAUUGAAUUGCUGAGGAAUUUGGGAAGAGAAAACCUGAAGUUCCCAGUCCAUGGAUCCCUUGGGUGCACCUUCUCAGUUUGUGGAUGUGGAUACACUGCCAAGCUGGGGCAGCUCAUGUGACGAUCAGUUAAAUGCUUCCAAUACAGCAGCUGACACGUAUCAUGAAGAGACUAUUAGAUCACCUUUUCUUUAUAAUAAGGAUAUCAAUGGAAAAGUGGUUCUUUGGAAAGGAGAUGUUGCACUGCUGAACUGUACAGCUAUUGUGAAUACUAGCAAUGAAAGUCUUACAGAUAAGAAUCCUGUGUCAGAAAGUAUCUUCAUGCUUGCAGGGCCUGAUUUGAAGGAGGACCUCCAGAAACUUAAAGGUUGCCGGACAGGUGAAGCAAAAUUGACAAAAGGAUUUAAUCUAGCUGCAAGGUUCAUCAUUCACACAGUAGGACCUAAAUAUAAGAGCCGCUAUCGCACCGCUGCUGAGAGUUCCCUGUACAGCUGCUACAGAAAUGUACUUCAGCUGGCAAAAGAACAGUCAAUGUCUUCUGUUGGAUUCUGUGUCAUCAAUUCUGCAAAACGAGGUUAUCCUUUAGAGGAUGCAACACACAUAGCACUUCGCACUGUAAGACGCUUCCUUGAAAUUCAUGGAGAGACUAUUGAAAAAGUAGUAUUUGCUGUCUCUGAACUUGAAGAGGCUACUUACCGAAAGCUGCUCCCUCUGUACUUCCCAAGGUCGUUAAAGGAGGAGAGUCGCUCAUUGCCAUUCCUACCUGCAGAUAUUGGAAAUGCAGAAGGGGAGCCUGUGGUCCCUGAACGGCAGAUUCGAAUAAGUGAAAAACCCGGCGCCCCAGAGGACAACCAAGAAGAGGAGGAUGAAGGCUUGGGAGUUGAUCUUUCUUUCAUUGGCUCUCAUGCUUUUGCUCGGAUGGAAGGAGAUAUUGAUAAACAAAGAAGACUGAUCCUUCAAGGACAGUUAUCAGAGGCAGCCCUGCAGAAGCAACAUCAGAGAAAUUAUAAUCGCUGGUUAUGUCAAGCAAGAUCUGAGGAUUUAUCUGAUAUUGCUUCUCUAAAAGCCUUAUACCAAACAGGUGUCGAUAACUGUGGUCGCACAGUGAUGGUGGUAGUUGGAAGAAACAUUCCUGUAACAUUAAUAGAUAUGGACAAGGCUCUCUUAUAUUUUAUCCAUGUAAUGGAUCACAUUGCUGUGAAGGAAUAUGUGUUAGUAUAUUUUCACACACUGACCAGCGAAUACAAUCACCUGGACUCUGACUUCCUGAAGAAACUCUAUGAUGUUGUCGAUGUCAAGUACAAGAGGAAUUUGAAGGCUGUUUAUUUUGUUCAUCCAACAUUUCGUUCAAAGGUAUCAACAUGGUUUUUUACCACCUUUUCUGUCUCAGGCCUGAAGGACAAAAUCCACCAUGUGGACAGCCUCCACCAGCUAUUUUCUGCCAUCUCACCAGAACAGAUCGACUUUCCUCCUUUUGUCCUUGAAUAUGAUGCCAGGGAAAAUGGGCCUUAUUAUACGUCUUAUCCCCCAUCACCAGAUUUGUGACCUGCUGUCUUUCCGUGCUCCUGGUUUCUAAGGACGCCACUUUCUCCACAGAUCACUACCUAUUGAAGGGAUAUUCAUUUUUGCUGUACAGAUCCAGAGAGCCUUUUGUCCCCACCUCUCUGGUAUUUUUUUAUUGACUGUAUAUUUUCUGGCACAUAAGCACUCUGAAAAUGGUAGGCCAUUCCGAACUGUACACUUAUUUUAAAUUUGUAUAUUUGUAUCAAAUGAAAAUGUUCACUUUUCGAGGGUCCUUAAUAGAAAUGGGGGAGCAAUUUUUGAGUAUCUUCAGUUUCCUGAAAGGACACUGGAUUCUCCAUUAGACAAGCCACAGUGUUGUCCACAUCAUCUCUUUAACCUUGCACGCUUUCUUUGUGUACUCAAGUGUUUCUGAAAAUAUAUAGAACCACCGUACGCUGA